AUGUGCACGGGCCUUUUCGAUGAUGGAGUUGAGGUCUGGGAAGCAAUGAUGCAGGACUGGUACAGCGGCCCACACCCCGUUCCCAACACGGAGAUCGGGUCCGAUUUCGACGAAGCUGCUGAUGUCUUCGUUCCGUUCUUGAGCGUGGUGCCAGGCAGCGAGGCGGACGCGUUGACGCGCUUGCAGCUCGCCUUUGCCUUCGAGUCCGACCUUGGAAAGCAUGCUGGCCUAAAUGGAAGCAUGGCCCUGGUCCACGAACAUCUGGUCGCUGAUACCCUUCCAGAGGCAAAGCCGUUGGCUCUGCAGCGGGGCACCAAAGACAGUGUCAUCCUCGGGGGCAACCAGACACUGGGACCGCGAGACUGCCAUAUUGCGCUGCAGGGCAAGAUGCUUUGUGGCAAAGUGGUGGCACUGAACAGAGAAGCGUGCCACCCCACAUUGAAGCUCGUGAGAAAGUUCUCGGCGCAAAAUCAGCACAUGAUUCCUUGCGGAGACAUUGGUGGAGGAGACACGAUCUUCAUGCCGGAUUACGGAUCAGCGAGAUGUGACUUUCCCGGCGGCUCCGCGCGAACUCUUUACUCCUCCAUCCAGAGGAUCAUGGCAUUGCCCGACGAUACCCGCGUCUUCGUCGGGCACGAUUACUUGCCACAGGACUUCGAGAUUUUAUUGUGA